AUGGACGAUCUGUUUGAUGGCUACAUGGUGCUAGAUGGCAUAGGCGACUUUCUUGAGUCCAGUGUUCCGGCCAGCCAUCCCAAGACACCUGUAGUUCCGCACACAGAACAGCAUACAGAAACAUCCAAACAAGCCAUAAGGCCCAAAAAAGAUAGUCUGGACAGUUCUGACCCAUGCACUACUGUAUCUAGCGGCGACACGGCGGCACCGGGAGGGUUACGACAGCGACGCGGACACACUAAAAGCCGCCUGGGCUGCAUUCCAUGCAAGCGGCGCAAGAUCAAGUGCCCAGAGACAUGGCCAUCAUGUACAAAUUGCGACAAGCGCGGACAAACGCCAAGUCCGCGUCAGGUUGUUAAACUUUCGGAAACACCUACCAUCUACAGUUCAGAUGAUAUGCAGUUGUUCCAUCACUAUCUCAUCUCGGCACACCCUUGCAUUCCGCACGACUGGAAUGACAUUUGGGUCAGAGAUAUCCCUGUAAAAGCCAAUCAAUAUCCAUAUCUCAUGGAUGCUAUGCUCGCUUUAGCUGGAUCUCAUCUUGCUAUCCAAGUCGAGAACCCAAAAACUAGUCUCGCACUGCAACACCGACAAAAGGCAAUCGUUGGACUCGAGGAUUCCUUCUCUCGAUGGCCCCCAACUGCUGAAGAAUCACAUAUCAUGCUUGCUACAUCUUACUUGCUGUGCUUCCAAUCCAGCUACAUGGAGGACGGCUUUCUGGAGCAUUUCCUGUCUUUACGAGGAUGCUCGUUUCUUUCCCAGCUAAUCUUAGGCGAAGGCUUCCGUGGUCCUUUCUCUGACCAAAAGGCUUUAGGCAUGAUACGUAUGGAUACAACAUUUUGCAAUUUCCCAGUAGUGGACCAGGAACUUCUACGCGAAGCUCUGCUAUCAAUAAAGGGAUUCUCUAGUCUGAUGACUGGGCCCAUCGCGCAUCCCAUCGAGAAGGCCAUUGUCGGACAGCUCAUCGAAACUCUUCAAUGCCUUCUGGUCUCGGAAGUGGAGAACCCGGAACUAAGGGACGCAUUUGAUUCGACCACUGAAUAUGAUGGGGAAAACAACAAAACUUCAAUACCAGGUACACAUUUAGUACCAGGUUUUACAAAAGCAAGCACUCUACCACAAAUGGCUUCGGGUCCCAACUCACCUUCCGAUCUCUACGCGUUCGCCAACCCGAUUCUACCAGGAGAUCUCGGCGUGGUGUUUGACAAGAUCGACUGGGAAAAUCUCACAACUGCCCCACCAGGUGCUCCAUACCCGCUCCAGUCCUUUAUUGCUAUUAUGGCUAUCCUCACCAUCUUCUCUACGUGGCCGCAUGACGGACUCAUGCAUGUCUUUGAUCCCACAAACCAACUCGGCAACGUCGUCAUGGCGCACUUUUGCGCCAUACGUUUCGUCCUCUCGCCAUUAUCGGCGCCGAGAAAUGCAUUGACAACCCCUAUAAGGGCGACUGCUCAAUGGUCCGCCCGGAUCAUAGCUGCCAUAAAUGAUGAUGAGAGUGGGGAGUGGGCUCAGUACGUGGAAUGGCCGAAGAAGAUACUUCGGUGUAUGGAAGAGUGUAUUGAGAAACAUAAAGGCUUCACCAUGGAGGGUGUGGUGAGCGCCUUGCGAGCUACCUGCAUGUUAGAAACCUGGCUAGAUCACGAAAAGGUCCCACGAAACUAUUUGCUCAAUCGCCCAUAUCUAGAUACCUACCGCAAGGGCGUUGUCGUCAGGAGCAUUCACGUCAUCGGCAAGAGAUUUGACAUGGUCAUCAACGAAAUGGAAAUUGCUGGUGGACAUUCUGAUGGGCGCCAUCGAGCUCGUGUACAGGGAGCUGAAGAAUGGAUCACAUUUGGGAGCCAGCUUGUUGUCAAUAUGAACGACAUUACCAAGGACGUGGCGAAGGCGGGUGGUAGCGUAGAUCUUGAGUAG